UGGGCCAAAACGGGGGUAAACGAGAAAGACGAGAAACGACCCUCGCUCACCUCUGCCAUAAUGAUGUCCAUGAAUAGCAAACAGCCGUUUAGUAUGCAUCCGAUUUUGCACGAACAUAAAUACACACCUCUACAUUCCAGUUCUGAGGCUAUCCGACGAGCAUGUUUGCCCACGCCCACGCUGCAGGGUAACAUCUUUGCCGGCUUUGAUGAGACCCUGCUCCAGAGAGCCGAGGCGCUGGCGGCGGUGGACAUCGUCGCUCAAAAGAGUCAUCCGUUCAAGCCAGAUGCCACCUACCACACCAUGACGAGCAUGACCUGCACGCCCACGUCCUCUUCUGG